AUGCCAGCGUAUUCAAUUGUUUCCCUUUGGCUUUACCCCCCAAAACAAAAAGAAUGUGACGAGGAGAUAUUCCCACCUGAUAGUCUCUUACGGCUCACAGAACGCAUUCGAGAAAUAAUAUCUGGAUUUCUACAGGAUAUAGUUGAUUCUGCAGUAUUUAUUGAAAAUAGAACUCUUUCCACUAGAAAUAUCUACGAAAAGAAACUACAACAAGGUAAAAAUUAA